AUGGUAAUAAGGUUAGACUCAUAUCUAAGUGUAUGCAUCUCAAAAUAACAUAUUGAUAUUUCCCUCAGAGCUGUUCCUGUUCUUCUUCCUCUCUCUCUCUCUCUCUCUCUCUCUCUCUCUCUCUCUCUCUCUCUCUCUCUCUCUCUCUCUCUCUCUCUCUCUCUCUCUCUCUCUCUCCACCCCCCUUUCUAUGUAUCAUUCUCAUGACCUGCUUAGACAUAGACAGGUUAGGCCUAUCAUUGGUUGUCUGGGCAGAAAGAUAAUACAAUGAACAAUCACACUAAAAUCAUACAUGAACAACUUUGACAAUCCUUUGCUUUGAGGACUUCGUAGUUCAAUUCCUUCAGGAUUAUUAUGGUGAUUAACAAUGGAAAGGGAACCUAUAUUUCAUUCAGCUCAAGCUGUUGUUUGGCUGAGCUAUGAAGCAAAUUUAGGACCUGUUUAAAUGAUUACUCUUGCGCACUUGGCGCCUGAGAUGUAUUAUUGGAAUAUUGACUGCAGUCAAUUUAUGAACUGCCAAAACUGACCUUUGGGCUCUUGUCUUUAGCACAGUGUGUUUGUCAAAUUAAAUUAUGUCUUCCCACUGGGCAAAAACUGGUUGAAUCAACGAUGUUUCCACGUCAUUUCAACAAAAACAUUAAAUGUGAUGACGCUGAAUUACAAGAGCAGACGCUCUUAUCUAAAGCGAAUUACAAGAGCAAUUAAGGUUAAGUGCCUUGCUCAGGGGCACACUGACAGAUUUGCCACCUUUUUUCACCCAACUUUUAACCUAAAUCAAAUGGCAUGGUGACAUUGUCUGUUGAUUUCACGUUGAAAUCACCUUAGUUGACAAUUCAACCAUAUGUAAAUCAAAACUAGACAUUGAAAUUACGUCUGUGCCCAGUGGGUUGUGGACAGAAUUAACUUAACCUGAUUUAUUGAUUUAAAGGCCCAGUGCAGUUAAAAACGUGAUUUUCCUGUGUUUAUAUAUAUAUUUCCACACUAUGAGGUUGGAAUAAUAUUGUGAAAAUGAUGAUAAUGCCCUUUUAGUGUAAGAGCUGUUUGAAAAUAUUGUUUUGAUAGGAGGGAGUUUUGACCUUCCAUGGUGACAUCACCAUGUGUUAAAUUAGUUAAUAGACCAAUAAGAAAGAGAGUUCCAAACCUCUCUGCCAUUAUUUGAUAUUGAGAUAAACGCAUUGGACCUUUAAUGAGAUUGUUGUUGCUCUCUUUCUCUCCUCAUGUUGUCCCAUAGCUUUAUCCCUCACUAACUCCUGUCUCUCCAUCACCAUAUCCAUUCCUCUGUCAUCCCUCCAUCCUCCACCUUUCAUUGACAGCUGUCCUCCUCAGCCCAUGACAUGCUAAUAUUUCCGUCUUUCCGCUAUACAUUUCAUUAAUCUCUCUUCAGUGUUCCUUCCUCUGUGUUCUUCUCCAUUGUCAUUGUAAUGUUACCUACUCUCCUCAGAUCACUCCCCUCUCUCUCUCUCUCUCUCUCUCUCUCUCUCAUUCUCUCUCUUCGGUCUCUCACGACUCUGUCCUGUUUCCAAUGUGUCCAAUUUCCUUGGUUCCCCACACCUCCGCUCCCUCCCUCCCCCCAGUCAGUGAAAUGUCAGGGCAGCAUGGAGCAUGAUGGAAAAACGACCACUUGUCUUACACAGGAACACUGUGUUACAUCCCAUUCAAUUUAGGCAUCCUUUUCAUAUCCCUGGGCAUUUGGUGUUAUCUGUAGUCAGUGCUGUUCCACUAUAUCAUACCCUUUCAAUAAGUGCAGACUGCAGACUAAAAUACGUUGGGCUUCUUUGUUUAGCACUAAGGAAGAAUUGGGGAUAAUCAUCUGAGUGUGUCUUUGGGAGGAGGAAGUUCAGGGCAGGGCUGAUAGGGACGGUCUUGAUCUAGUCUGGGUGCUUUGGAUCUAUCUCUCUUUCUCCCCAGACUCAUUACAAGGGCUAUUGCCCUGGCAUUCCUUCAACUGGUCUGGUCUAGUCUUAUUAGGAUGCGUCCCUUAGACGACUCCCUCCGUCAUGUGAUACUAAGAGGUACUUAGAGAUCGAUUUCAUUUUUUAAUCUGGGUAAGUGGAUCUUGCCCUGGUCUCCAGCCAUUUUGAAGAACCAGCCGAAGUCAGAGAGUUGUAAGUUCUAUUGUUUUUAAAGGAGAGGAUAUAGCUGCCAACACCACAUGCUAAGGCUGUUUUGAUUGCCUUUGUUGCUGUUUUAGCAUUAGCAUUUAGCCUUACAAUGGUGUUGGGUGGCCAACAUACAAUGAUGGAUUAGUAAUGUGAUAGCAGAUGGUUGGUGUUCAGGUAUUAAUGAAGUGUGUUAAGGUGGGAGGACAGACUAUUUUUAGAGGCUUACAUGCAAAAUAAAAAGUGUAAAUUACAGGACACACAAACAAGUUGUUACCUCAGUGUUACUUGCACUUCAGACAAAAUUACCCUGGUUCUGAGCGCAUAAGCAGUUUAUGGAUUAGCCAAAUGAACACAGUGGUGGCAUUGAAAGACCAAAUGGCCAAACAGGUCUGACAAUGUUACUAAAUACAGUAAACAAUUUCAUCAUAGUACAAAGAGUAUACAAAGGUCAAAGAUAAUUAUAGAUUCUGGAGUCCUGGAGUCCUUGCUGGUAGAAUGUCAAUUUAGAGGUACCGUUCAAACGGUACAACCAUAGUGUAUAAUAUAAUGUGGCGGGUAUUUUAGUGAAAUAUGUCUAAGGAUGAAAACAUUUUGUUCAUAUCCCUGUCACUGUGGUGCGACAUGGAUUAUGUUAAUAGAAUCAGCAGCUUUGCACUGAAAUAGGCCAGCACUGCAGGGAUGUCAAUUACCAUACACUCACAGUGACACCAAAGCUCUUUGCUUGAUGCUUGUUUUUGCCAGUGUGAUUUUGAUUUUGAUUAUUAUGCUUCCCCUAAAGCUAUAAGUAUAAACACGGUCUAGUCAACCAAGACUGCGAGAUCCCCUCUGCCUCCUCACCGCAGGGCUAGUUAUCCUGCAUCUGUGUAUGAAAUAACUUACCUGCUAUUAACAUUUUUACAUUUACAUUUUAGUCAUUUAGCAGACGCUAUUAUCCAAAGUGACUUACAGGAGCAAUAAGGGUUAAGUGCCUUGCUCAAGGGCACAUCGACAGAUUUUUCACCUAGUCAGCUCGGGAUUCGAAACAGCAACCUUUCGGUCACUGGCCCAACACUGUUUAUCAUUUAUAUUUUGCAUGGUUGGUGACCAAUUGCAGCUACUGGAAGGUGUUCAUUGUACCUCUCCUAUCAGUAGGUUGUGUUGUCUCCCUCCACCAAUCCUGCUUCCUGUUUCUCCAUAGGCUUGACAGCUAUUGGGGAGGUUGACACUGGCUCCGCCCCUUCUCCCAGGUUGGUCUUCCCUGGAGCAUGCCCAUAUCGCACCAUGCCCCUGCUGGCGAGCGGCUGGCUACUGCGCCACUCGGUGGUCAUGUGUCUGCUGCUGCACAGCCUGGUGCUGAUGACCUUCUGCUUCCACAAUGCCGCCACCAGCUGCUCCCAGGGCUGCUACUGCUCCGAGAGCGACGGCCGUGGCAAGAUUGUGCGCUGCAGCAACCUGCGUCUCACGGAGAUCCCCCAGGACCUGCCCAAUGACACGAGACACAUCUACCUGGACUUCAACCUGCUCACCAUGGUCCCCAGCAAUGCCUUCCGAGACUUGCCCCUGCUCAGCGAGCUGGACCUCUCCAACAACGAGUUGGCCCAGCUGGAGCCAGGGGCCUUCAGGGGCCUGGGGCCCUCACUCACCUUCCUGGACCUUUCCUCCAACAAACUGGUCAACUUUAACCCCGAGGCCUUCGAGGGGCUGCGGGCGCGCACCAACCUAACCAACAACCCGUGGCACUGUGACUGCAACCUGCAGCUGGCCAUGCCCCACAUCGACCUGGAGCCCCUGUCGCUGACGGGCAUCGUGUGCGAGACGUCGGAUCCGCCCGAUGUGGGGGCAGAGGGUGUGCCCUUCCUGCUGGCCCAGGACCUGGACCUGUGCGUGGUGAUGAAGAAGACCACGGACGUGGCCAUGCUGGUCACCAUGUUCGGCUGGUUCUCCAUGGUCAUUUCCUACCUGGUCUACUACGUCCGGCACAACACGGAGGAUGCCCGCCGCCACCUGGAGUACCUCAAGUCUCUGCCCACCAAGCAGGAACAAUCCGAGGCCUCUUCUACCAUCAGCACUGUGGUAUAG